CCUGCCCUACAGGUCUGCUACCUAAUAUACUUCUCUUCAUUUGCAACUGCCACUUUGACUGGGACCAGAGUUCUGUUAGCAGGCCAGAGAUACGAGUAAUACCACAUUUUGUCAAGACUUGAAGGAUAUCUCUUUAACUUCAGUUUCAUUUCCUAGACUUGCUAUCAGCACCACAUAUACACAAUACUAUUGACUUUUCACACCGAAUUCCAGACUUUACAUGAGUCAACAACUGAGUAGCUCUUGUAAUUUUAGGACAAUAUAUUAACGGCACCUUUCCAGUGAUAAUAUUUAAUUUCAUUUUUUUUUUUAAAUCUUCCAAAGAUUUAUUUGACACUUAACUAACUUUUUUUUUUUUUGCAAGAACGUUUUGAUUUGAAGAUUUGCGAAGUGAGGUGUUGAAGCUUGAAGAAGUUUUUUCUUUCCUGGGCUUUUGUUGGAGGAGGAAUUUAAAAGACAGUUGGAAAACAUCACCCUGGAUUUAUUUGUCAUGGAUGGUCGUGGGUAUGACAGCUUUGGGGAAGGGGAGAGGGAGCCCUAUCAGAUUGAUUACCGAAGGAUUGUAGGGGAUACAGAACCUGCCAAGUAUCGGUUGCCUCCCCGGGAGAAUGACCACCACUUUCAUGGGACACCUUUGCAUGGACACCCCCAUGGGCACGGUCAUGAGACAGCUGCCCAGAGAUAUAGUGCCACACGAAUACAGGCUGGAUAUGAACCAGAAAGCAUGGCAGAUUACCUGAUCAGUGGAGGCACAGGGUAUGUUCCUGAAGAUGGCCUCACAGCACAGCAGCUCUUUGCUGUUGGGGAUGGCCUCACCUACAACAGAUCAGCUCAUCAGUGUGAUGCUGAUGGACUCACAGCAGAAGAGCUAUGCUCAAAGGGAGAUGGAUUGACUUAUAAUGAUUUCCUGAUACUCCCUGGGUUCAUUGACUUCACUGCUGAUGAAGUGGAUUUGACCUCUGCUCUUACCAGGAAAAUCACCCUGAAAACACCUCUGAUCUCCUCUCCAAUGGACACUGUCACAGAGUCCAGCAUGGCUAUUGCUAUGGCACUUAUGGGAGGUAUUGGGAUCAUCCAUCACAAUUGCACACCAGAGUUCCAGGCCAAUGAAGUUCGUAAAGUUAAGAAAUUUGAACAAGGGUUCAUUACCGACCCCGUGGUGAUGAGUCCUCGCCACACUGUGGGGGAUGUCUUUGAAGCUAAAAACCGUCAUGGAUUCUCUGGAAUUCCAAUCACUGAGACUGGGAAAAUGGGGAGCAAUUUGGUGGGGAUUGUUACAUCCAGGGAUAUUGACUUUCAGACUGAGAAGGAGUAUGAUACACCCCUGAGUAAGGUGAUGACAAAGCGGGAAGAUUUGGUAGUUGCUCCAGCGGGUGUCACUCUGAAAGAAGCAAAUGACAUUUUACAGCGCAGCAAGAAAGGAAAGCUGCCCAUUGUGAAUGACAGUGACCAACUGGUUGCAAUCAUUGCUCGGACAGACCUGAAGAAGAACCGGGACUACCCUCUGGCAUCCAAGGACUCCCGUAAACAGCUGCUGUGUGGGGCAGCCGUAGGGACCAGGGAGGAUGACAAAUACAGACUGGACCUGCUGCUGCAGGCGGGAGUGGAUGUGGUGGUUCUGGACUCAUCGCAGGGCAAUUCAGUUUAUCAGAUUAACAUGAUACAUUACAUCAAACAAAAAUACCCUGAACUGCAGGUUAUCGGAGGGAAUGUGGUAACUGCAGCACAGGCUAAAAAUCUAAUAGAUGCAGGUGUGGAUGCUCUCAGAGUUGGAAUGGGGUGUGGCUCCAUUUGCAUCACUCAGGAAGUUAUGGCUUGUGGCCGACCCCAAGGUACAGCAGUGUAUAAAGUAGCCGAGUACGCCCGUCGUUUUGGGGUCCCUGUGGUUGCAGACGGUGGAAUUCAGACCGUGGGACAUGUAGUGAAGGCUCUUGCACUUGGAGCUUCUACAGUGAUGAUGGGAUCACUGCUGGCAGCUACCACAGAGGCACCGGGAGAGUACUUCUUCUCCGAUGGUGUGAGACUAAAGAAAUAUCGUGGGAUGGGUUCCCUUGAUGCAAUGGAGAAAAACAGCAGCAGCCAGAAACGAUAUUUCAGUGAGGGGGACAAAGUGAAAGUUGCUCAGGGAGUGUCUGGAUCCGUUCAGGACAAGGGGUCUAUUCACAAGUUUGUCCCAUACCUAAUCGCUGGAAUCCAGCAUGGCUGUCAGGACAUUGGGGCUAAGAGUCUGUCUAUUCUACGUUCCAUGAUGUAUUCAGGAGAGCUGAAAUUUGAGAAAAGAACCAUGUCUGCUCAAGUAGAGGGAGGAAUCCACGGGCUGCAUUCAUAUUCUUUUGUGCCAUUUACGAGAAACGGCUAUACUGAUGGAGGGGGCAGAACGCAACUACGAAUGGCUCCUGACGUCCCAUCUCCUUUGGCAACCAAGCAAAAUGGUCACAUCUGAAAUCAACCAUGCUGCACUCUUUGGUGCGGAGCCGAUAGUUCCCUAAUUCAUGAUGAUAACAAUUUUGCACUACCGUUGAAGUAUUGGUGGUUUAAGUACCAUGAUUACAUUGUCCUAACCUUAAACCAAAAAAAUAAAAUAAAUAAACAGGACAUCUGUGGAAGGGACCGUGCUUACAAAGCUAGCAAUUUUAAAAGCAUUCGUAAUAAGCUGAGAGAUCUUUGUAUUUAGAGCAGAGAUUAUCCCUUUUUUUGAGGAGAAAUAUCACAGAGCAUUCUAGUUUAGGGUAAUGUUUGAAAAAAGCAAUGUUGUCUUGCUACUUUGUUUUGUGGCAACCAUGGUUUUGUCAACAAGUUCAUUUUUUAAGUUAUUACAGGUCAUUGUUUAUAAAUCAAGCACUGUU